AUGGCCAUGUCAGGGUUCGAUUACUUGUUCACAGCUCAUGCCAACGAGUCUAUUCCGGUGUCCAAGUAUAAAUCUCAGCGGACAGGAUUAUCUGUAUUUAUUGCUCAAGUGGAAGGGCCGUUGGUGAAUGGGUAUUUCUGCCUGGCCACUGAAGCUCACAAUGAUGAUGGUUUGCCACACACUCUGGAGCACCUGGUGUUCAUGGGAAGUGAGGACUACCCCUAUAAGGGGGUCCUGGACUUGCUGGCUAACAGGUGCUUGGCCUCCGGAACCAAUGCCUGGACGGACACUGACCACACAUGUUACACUAUGACCACUGCUGGCAGCGAGGGCUUCCUAAAGCUCAUGCCAAUCUACCUGGAUCAUAUCCUCUACCCAACUCUCACCGAGUCUGGCUACAUCACAGAAGUGCACCACAUCAAUGGUGAGGGCGAAGACGCAGGGGUGGUGUACUGUGAGAUGCAGGCACGGGAGAACUCUGGGGAGAGCCGGUGUUACCUGGGCAUGUUGAGGGAGAUGUACCCAGGGCGCUGUGGGUACAAAUCAGAGACAGGGGGCAUCAUGGAGAAUCUCCGCAUCAGUACCUCCCACAGAAAGGUGUGUGCCUACCACCAUGAGUUCUACCGUCCAGAGAACCUCUGCGUGAUCAUUACGGGGAAGGUUGAUCCUCAGGAGGUGUUUGACGCAUUAAAACCUGUGGAAGACAAGAUAACAGCAAAGGGUGACCGUCCAGCGUUUACGCGACCCUGGCAGUCACCUGUUCCCCCUCUUACCCAAACAGUGGAGAAGAGGCUCCCCUAUCCAUCAGAUGAGGAGACGCACGGCAUGGUGUACUCGGCCUGGAGGGGGCCCAAAGCUAAGGCGCAGGUGGAGGUGUUGUCGUGUAUGGUGUUACUGGAGUACCUCACGGAGACACCCAUUGCUCCUUUCCAGAGAGACUUUGUGGAAAUAAACGAUCCACUAUGCAGCAAGGUUGGAUACAAUGUGAUAAACAAUGCAGAGUGCUGCAUUACUAUGAUCUACAAGAACGUGCCAAAGGAGAAGCUGGAUGUCAUCAAGACAAAACAGGAGCAGCUGCUGAGAAAACUGAGCACCAGGGAGGAGGCCAUAGACAUGAAGAGGAUGGAGACAGUCAUCCACAAACGCAUACUCGAGGCCCUUAACAGUGUAGAGGAUGACCCCCAUUCAACCCUAGCCUUCAUCUGUAUUGAAGAUUUCCUGUUUGGGGACACACAAGAUGAUCUGGAGAUCAAAGUGAAUGCUAUCCGAUCCUACAGGAAGAUGAAGUCCGAACCAGAAAAUUUCUGGCGGAAUCUCCUUAACCAGUACUUUGUGGACAAACCCUACAUCCUGAUUAUUGGUGACCCGAGUAAGAGCUUGAUGGAAGAGAUGGGACAGAGUGAAAAGGACAGGAUUGCUGAUCAGCAGAAAAUAUUAGGGGAAUCUGGGCUCAAGAAGAAAGGGGACGUCCUGGAGGAGGCCAUUGAGGAGAAUGAGAAAGAGGCACCAGAAGACGUGAUCACCAAAGUUGCAGUUCCUGAUGUGGCUAAGAUACAGUUUCUUCCAAUCAAACCUUCCAAUAACCUAACCCCGGAAGCAGCCAACAAGAAUGAGAAAUUCCCAUUGGCUAAUAUACCCUUCAGGUUCACAUUGGAUGACAUACAGACCAACUUUGUACAGAUGAAUGCUCUGUUAGACAGCACGGCUGUUCCUCAGGACCUCAAGUAUUACCUCCCUUUGUUUUGCGAAGUUAUCUUUGAGCUACCAAUAGAAAGAGAUGGCGUGAUUGUGCCGUAUGAGGAAGUAAUAGCUCAGCUGGAUGCGGACACCCUGUAUAUAGAAUCAAGCUUGGGUAUAUCAGGCUGCUUGUUCAGAUGUGGGACCUGCCCACAGUUAGCUGUCAUUGCCCUGAAGGUGGAGAGGGAGAAAUAUGAUGUUGGAGUACGAUGGCUACACGAGAUUCUGUACAAAACACAGUUCACUGCUGACCGCCUUAAAAUCGUGGCCACGAAGAUGAUUAACAAUGUUGCCAGUAUGAAGAGGAAGGGGCGUGAAAUUGUCCGCACAGUUCUGUUACAACCUCCUGUACAAAGAAGUAUUUUGCAUGAGUGUAACAGUUACGUGACCAGCAUGCUGAGACAACACAAGUUCCUCUCUAAACUUGUGGAAGACCUGGAUAAGGAACCCAACAAGGUAUUAGAGAUGAUGGAAAAGGUGCGAGGAAUCCUGACCCAGCCUCAGAAUCUCAGGAUUCACAUGAAUGCUGACGUUGCUCAGCUAGCGAAGGAUAUUACACCUGGGAAACCAUGGCAACGGUUUGUGCAGACUUCAGGUGCUGGAGAUAAGCAAAGAGCAGAGAUGAAGAAGACUGUGGAGUACAUCAAGCCGCUAACAGCGGGUGAGAACCGCGCAGUGAUCGUUGGGGUGGGGUCUGUGGAGUCAGCCUUCCUCAUACAAGUUGUGCCCUCUAUAUCCUCCCCCUACCACGAGGACUUGCCUGCCGUUAUGGUUUUCAUCCAGUACUUGUCACAGUGUGAGGGCCCCAUGUGGAGACAGAUCAGGGGACUGGGGCUGUCUUAUCACUACAGCAUCUAUACUGUUCCUGAAACUGGUCAGCUGUACUUCAUCCUCAGCAAGUCCACCCAUAUUAUCAGUGCCUACAAGCAAGGAAAGGACAUUGUGUUGGGGUAUGCUGACGGCAGAACGCCAUUCUCUGAGGUGGAGUUGGAGAGUUCUCGCAGCAGCCUCAUCUUCGAGAUUAUCGAGUCCGAGAAAACAGCCUCCAGUGUCUCCAUGGAGUCAAUGCUGUCUUACUUCACCGGAGUUGACCAUAAUUACAACAAAGAGCUGAUGGAGAAAAUUGCCAAGGUGACCAUUGAUGAUCUGAAGCGUGUGGGGCCAAAGUACCUGGCUCCAUUGUUUGAACCCAGCCAGUUUCGGGUGUCAGUCUGCUGUCAUCCCACAAAGGUGGAGGAAAUCUGCAACGAGUUCAAAGAACUGGGUGUGGAAUUGAAAGUUUUGCCGUCUUUAGAUGAUAGCAGUCUGGUCGACCCUUAGAAAUGGAGAACUAACCACUUCGUGACCAGUUCUCUCAAGGCACAGCCUUUACGAGUUGCAAGGAACAAUCUCCUUGGGCCACAGAACAGCAGAAUAGUUUAAAAACUAAUUAAGUGUGCUGUUAAUGUUGCAAAGCUCACAAAAAAUAUUGCGAAGUGCUGUAUUGAUUUUUACCUCUGGAUGAAAAUUGGCUAGGGUGUGACUGUAGUGGUUGAUGACCGACUUCCUGUUUCUAAAUUUUUUGUCAACACUCUUUAUCUAGAAUGCUUGCAGCCAGGUUUACCAAAUUUGUACCAUAUGUACACAUUAAGAAACCUACUCAUUGACCUUGACCUAUUUUUUUCAAGGUCAUUGAGGUCAUGUAAGUUAAAUUUUGUGACAGGCUUAUAGACAGAUUAUCUCUAAAACUCUUUAAGCAAUUUCCAUUAAACUCAUAUGACUUAUUCCUAUAUGUUACAGCAGAAGAUCAUUGUUUUUCGUUUAUCUUAACCUAUUUUUUCAAGUUUGUUGGGUCAUUGGCUUUGUUACAGUGUAUGAACACUCUCUCUUGCAACUGUGCUUAUGACCAAGGGAUAUUUGGUGUGUUGCACAGUAUAUUUUAUUGUUUACUAAUAUCCAUUAAAUGUUGUGUGCUUGUGUUUCUUGAAUAUCGUAUUAAAGUUACUAAAAAUUUAUGGGUUAAUUCACUUUCAAAAAUAUUUAUUCGUUUUGUCUUUUUUGUAAAAAUCCCUAUUUUGGUGUUAGUGACAACGGAAAUUGUGCAUUGAACACGCUAAAGCCCAAGCUACAUGCGUGGUUGAAUUUGUGUAAACUGUUGCCAACUGUAGGUUACUGCAUCAGAAUUUGAAACUUCAAAUUUUCAGUUUCAGAUAUGACAUAUGGCUAUAAAAUAGCAUUAUUGUCCUUCUUGUAAGUUUUGUUUGUCUUUAUCUAAUACUCAGCAUGGGAAACUCUGAAAAUUCUGCCCUAAGGUCAAAUUCAAAUACCGUUAAAGUUUUUAGAAAUGUAGUCAUAUUCAGAUACCUAUUCUUUUCUUUUCUGAGGGAUGAUCCAUCAUCUGUUCCAUGUAUCAGAGUAAUACACUUAGGAUCCAUGUAGACGUACUGUAAAACACUAAAUGACUGAAAAUUUCACUCCAGAAUAGUGUAUUUUUAUAGGUAAAUGUGUUAAAAUAUUACUUUUUUGAGCUGAAACUUAAAUCUUUCUAGCCGUAUAACAUACCUACCUUCCAAACAAACCUCGAAACAUUUUUCUAAGAUUAAUACAAUUCUCAGAUGCUAAAUGAACUAGUUAGUCGUGUACUAAAUUAUAGCUACCUUUUUUCUUGAAAUAUUUGGGGUGAGUUGACCACAUGACAGCGUUUAUUUGGAGGACCUCUUAUUUCUCCGUACCUGUAAUGUAUCGACUAAAACAACAUCCUCAUUAAAAGGCAUACACGUGCAUCCGGAGAGGAAACCAGCAUGAGCUGGAUUUGAACUCACAAUAAUCCCCAAACAAUAACAUUUACGUGAAAAUUUACAGGGAAAGUCUGGUGAAGGUGCCCCCAGUAUGAUUAAAAUUUGCAUCUCAUUACAUUGGUAAUUGGAUCUCCAGGUAUUGUUUUUUGUUAAUUUGCAGAAUUUCACCGUAAGUCCUUGCAUAGUGACAAAAAAAAAAUUAAAAUACUGAGCAACACCUGGGUUCUGCUGAGUUUCCUACCACCAUAAUUAUGGCUGCCAUAUUAUAAGUGAAAUAUUCUUGAGUAUGACGCAUAAAACGCCAAUCAAAUAAAUGAGUAAACAAAUCAAAUUACCAGAAAAUGUGAAGUCUUAAGUGUUUCUGGUGGCGAGUAAAGAAUUGUAAAUAACGCUUCAUUAAGUGCUUAUCUGUUGUGCCAUUGUUAGUUGAUAGUUACAAUUUGUUUAAAAAUAUUGUGCUUUUUGUUUGUCAAUUCUCACAUGGUUUGGUCAUAAGCUAUUUAUUUUUUAACAUAUAUUGACGUGUGUAGAAAUGCAAACUCUGGUGCCAUUUUUGUAUUGUUCAGUGGCACACUAUGUUAACAUGAUCAGUGCUUUAUGGAGACGUAAUUAUAGUCGUACAGGUUAUCUCCCCUUAUUCUGUUACAUAUUGUGCAUCCCUGUUUUAAUGUUUUUCAUGUGUUUAUUACACACCUACAGAUGUGGGCAUGUCAUACCAUAAAAAACUGUGGCACUGUGGUUAUUUGUGGAUGUAUGUCUAAAGAUCAGAAUGUCCUCUCGGGUAUACUAAUCAGGGUUUACGUUCAGUUGUUCCUGACAGUGCAGUUUUGAGGUGACCGUCACAAAAGACAUAGUUGGAGGUGAAACAAUGUCUCAUUAGGGACUGGCAUCAGCUGUAACAAUACGCCAAUGUCAGAAUGUCUUCAUCUUAAAAACCCCGUGAGGAUCACAAAUAUCUGAAAUGCUCUAAUAGUCUAAAAGUAAAAAAGAAAUAAACAGUGGCUGUAAGUUUCCUAGGAUUACAUGGGGAAAAAGUUCUUUGACAUAUAGCUACAAAUGACGCAGUGUUUUCCAACAAUUUUGACAUUCCUACAUAAUUGAUUUAUACUGAACAUCACCUCUGCCUCGUUCAAAAUCUUGAUAAGAAUAUUGUCAACAUCUAAUCAAGAAAAUAAUAAGGAAAUUUGGGGAGAUUUCGAUUAUUACAUGUAGGACUAUUCAGUUAUAGUGAUUGAAUAGUGUUAUUCAUCUUGAAAAGAAUGCUUUGAAAUGUUAGCUUUGUUAAGUAAGACUUUUUUUCAUAUUUGAAAAUUUCCUAAUUCGCUCUCUUGAAUCGGGAGAAGCUUGUACAUUCAGGUUAGUUAACAGCUUGCAGUGUUACAUCAAGUCCCUGGAUUCUCACAACUCACAUUUUCCACACAUAAACCUCUCCGUAUAGAGAAAUAAUGUAUUAGAAAUACAGGUAAAUCUGGGUGAAUCAAGAAUUUGUGAUUAGGCAGUUUGUUAAAGGAGUAAG